AGUGGCUGACUGUUGCCUCAGAGUACAAGGAAGACCACGAUGGUCGAUUUCCUCCCUUUGAGCUCCUCACUAGGUUUGUGUGCAAGGAGGCGAAGAGGCGAAACGACCCUAGCCUUGUAGGUCCAGGAAGCAGUUCGAUUUACACCAAGCCAGGCAGAUCCGUUUCGAAUGUUUUCAACAUUGAUAAACCCGUGUCAGUGCUCAAGACCGAAGCCCUUACGACUAACAACGACCCUGGCAAGUAUUGUCCAUUGCAUAACAAACCUCACCCCCUGAAAGCAUGCAGAAUGUUUAGGGAAAAACCCCUUGAAGAGAGGACGGCUCUUCUCAAGGAGAAAAGAAUAUGUUUUAGAUGCUGUUCCUCAACCUCUCACCUCGCCAGAGAGUGUACGAUCGCCGUGAAGUGUCCGGAAUGUGGCAGCCCAGAUCACGUCGAGGCCAUGCAUCCCGACCUGUCACCACAAACCGAGAGCGCUCCUUCACCCCCACAACAGGACGGCGGGGAGGGAGAGGCUCACUCUAGGUCAAUAGCUGUCAGCACGAACUGUACAGAAGUUUGCGGUCAAGCUCAGUCAAGUCGUUCUUGUUCCAAGAUCUGCCUCACUAAGGUGUACCCUAAAGGAGCCAAAGACAAGGCCAUCAAAGCCUAUGUGAUUCUGGACGAUCAGAGCAAUCGUUCACUAGUCAGUCCAGAGUUCUUUAAAUUGUUCAACAUUGAGAGUGAGCGGUUCCCAUACUACCUCAAAACUUGCUCAGGCAACAUGAAAACCCAAGGAAGGAAGGCAGAAGGCAUCCAGAUCGAGUCCCUGGAUGGUAAAGUCGUCAUCUGUCUCCCUCCGCUCUUAGAGUGCAAUGAAAUCAUGAAUAACCGCGCUGGGAUCCCGACACCAAGUGCGGUGCUACACCAGCCGCAUCUCCACCACAUCGCCAAACACAUCCCAGAACUGGAUCCGAAAGCGGAAAUACUCCUGCUAUUAGGAAGAGAUGUUAUCCAGGUACACAAGGUUAGGCAGCAGAUCAAUGGACCACUCAACGCCCCCUUCGCGCAACGUCUGGAUCUGGGCUGGGUGGUGAUAGGAGAGGUGUGUCUCGGUGACGUACACAAACCGAUGGUUAACACACUCAAGACCAAUGUGCUAGAGAGUGGCCGCCAUUCAAUCUUUCGACCCUGCCCGAGUGUCCCGUGCAUCAAGGAAGCACAACAAGGCGUUAACAAGCGCGAGGCAAGCGACGAGUCGCUGGGCCAGUCAGUCUUCGCUCUAACGAAGUAUGACAACAAACUUGCACAAUCAGCUCAAGAUACCAUUUCUUUAAAAACCAAAGACACCAAGGUCUUCAGAGAUGAAGCAAAUAAUGGGGUUGCCCCAUUGCCAAUCAGAGAACCACGCCAGCGCUCACCAGAUAACAAAGAGCAGGCAGUCAAACGGUUCACGUCCUUACGGAAAACCUGGAAAAGGAAACCUGAGAUACAGCAACGCACCCGAUUGGCCCACGAGGUACUGUGCACCCUAAUGGCAGAGGUCACAGCCAUUAUAAACGCACAAUCAUUCCUACCUGUGUCUUCUGACCCAGAAAACCCCUUUAUACUUUCGCCAUCAACGCUCCUUACGCAGAAGGCAGGAGCACCUCCUCCACCAGGAGACUUCUCAGACAAGGAUUUGUACACAAAGCAAUGGAGACAAGUCCAGGCUCUGGCAAAUCAGUUCUGGUCCCGCUGGAGACAAAAAUAUCUACCUUUGUUGCAACAGAGACAAAAGUGGACAGAACCCCGAAGGAAUCUUCAAGUUGGAGACUUAGUCCUGCUCAGGGACAAGCAAGUCGCUCGCAACAGCUGGCCAACGGCCAGAAUCACUGCUACAUUCCCUAGCGAGGAUGGACAUGUCAGGAAGAUCGAAUUGAAGACUACCGACCAAGGCGAUGUGAAAAUUUACCAAGGGCCAGUUACAGAAGUUAUUCUACUUCUACCCAAUGACUGAUUAAGAGACUAAGUUUUGUACUCUGCUCAUUGUGACCUUACGAAGGUCAAGCGGGGAGUGUGCUGUCUUUACGACAGUUAUUUAGUUUAUAAUAUUUUCGCUUAGUAAUUCAUUCAAUAGUAUUUUCUAGUUAGAAUUAGAAGUGUUUAAAGUAUAUUCAUUGCAUGUAAAAUAUAUCGGCAUGCGAUGACGUCACAUCCGGUUUCGCCGCGUCUUGUGGGAAAACACCGGUUUGAAAUUAGCGCGAGGGUGGGGGCUUUCCACGAGGCUCACCUGAGCACAAGCAGUUUUGCAGGCAUGAGAAAUCACAGUGAGAGCAACGCUUUUUCACCAUAUGUUAAUGUGAAGAGUGAACAGUAAAUGGUUAAUCUUACUGCGAUCUGGUUCUUAUUAACUGUGGUUUAUCCGGACGUUAAA